CAUCGUGAUGGAGAUAGUUGUCUGUCUGCUGAGUCACUUGUGGGUGAGAAUAAUAAUUCAAGGGAUUGUGCUCAAUUUGCUCAGGGGAGCCACUGGAAUCUGGUGAACCGGGGGGAUCGUUGAUAGGUUCGUGAGUUACGAGAAUGGUGGAGUUGAUCAAACAUCUAUAUAAGUGGAGGAACAUUCUGCAGUGAAUUUCACUGAUCAACUGGUGGGCUUUGGACGACAAUAUUUGUUGCUCAACAAUGCUGAGACUUCUGAUUCUUGGGUUUGUCGCCGGUAUUACGAUACAGUGUUGUGUAGCUGAUGGAGGAGGCCAUGGAGGACACGACCACGUAAUAAUUCACGUCCCGUAUCACAUAAAGACGAUAAAGCAUACGCACACGAUAACAAAGCACAUCCAUCAUAAAUCAGGCGGUGGAGAUCAUUACGAAGUACUUGGAUACACAGUGGGACAUCCAAUUGAUCUUGGAGGGCAUGGAGGUGGACACGGAGGCUUCUCCGGAGGACACGGUGGAGAUUGGUCAGGUGGCAAUGAAAUUGGAGGGCAUCAUUUUGGGGGAGAGUACGAUGAAGGUCACGGUGGAUAUUAAAUAUUCUUACCUAGUCCGAAGAAGUUUGAAUAUCCUCCUCGUUUCCUUACAUUUGUACCUUAUUUAAUCGGAAAACAAUUUUUUCCGAAUGUUGUCUUUUGUAUAAUUAGAAUUUGUUAUAAAAAUGUACAUGAACCUCGA